UCUCCCUCUCCCUUGUUAACUGACUUCAUUUUUCAACUUUAGGUCUCUUUUUAAGUCCAACGUGACCAACCCUACUAUUAUAAGAAGAACACUUUCACUCUUUGGCAGCAAGAAAGCACACACUACACUAACGAGAGCAUCUUGAAAUCCGAAUAUGGCUGUUCCCUUCAAAGCCUCAUACCCACUUUUCCUUUGCUUGAUUCUUUUCUGUGGCGUCAAUUGCACUGAGUUUGAAGUUGGUGGUCAUGGAGGUUGGGUUGUCCCGAAGACAAAUGAUGAUGCUCAAAUGUUCAAUCAAUGGGCAUCCCAAAACAGAUUCAAGAUUGACGACAAUCUUCUUUUCAAGUACGAGAAAGACUCAGUUAUGGAGGUGACUGAAGAAGAAUAUGAAAAAUGUCUAUCACCUCAUCCCCUCUUUUUCUCCAACAAUGGUGAUACUGUGUUCAAGUUUGACAGAGCAGGCUUGUUCUACUUCAUCAGUGGUGUUCGUGGUCACUGUGACAGAGGGCAGAAGAUGAUCAUCAAGGUCUUGGAUAUUGAAGCAAGUCCCUCACCCCAAUAUGCAAAUGGCACUGCACCAAAGCCACAUUCAAAAAGUGGAGUUGCUGAACUUACUCCCAUGAGGAUCAUGACAGAGUCCACAGUUUUUGUUUUGUCAACCUUCUUCCUUCAGCUUUAUGUUUGAUUCUUAUGUGUUAUCACAGUCCUAGGUUUAUGAGUAGCAGUUUCUUUAUUGUUUUCGUUAUGUGUUAGUGUUGGAAGGAUUGGACUUUGUUAUUUGUUAAUGUUUGUAAAGGUUAUCAUGUUUUCCUUUCUC